GAUGAUGAGGAGUGUAUAAUAUGUAAAUCAAGUCGUUACAUCAAUCCAAAUACAAAGCUGUUGACUGCUCCUUGUGGGCAUAUUUAUUGUGAAACAUGUAUAGAUGCAGCAUAUAAGAAGGAUCAGGUUAUUAUGUGCAAGGAGUGCGCAUCACCUCUUAGAAGACAGGCAUUCGUCAAUCAACGAUUCGAUGAUGGUGCCAAUGACAAAGAGAACCAAACAAGAAAGACUGUAUUAAAGACGUUCAACAAGAGACAGGAUAACUUCACAGACUUAUUCGAAUAUAAUAACUACCUGGAGUUGGUUGAAGAUAUAAUAUUCCAAUUGCUACAGGGUGGAGAGGAGGCUGCCACAGCACAACAAAGGAUAAAGGAAUAUCAAAGGACGAAUCAACAAUCGAUAUCAGAGAAUAGAGCAAAGAAGGAGAGGGAGGACUCUUUGAUCGCCGCAUCCAUUGCCGAGGAGCAGAGGAUACGUGAGGAGAAGAGGAAUUUCUAUCGCAUGCAGGAUCAGCAGGAGAUGGCCGCCAGACAGGCAGAGACGCUAAAGACAAUGAAUGACUUGGCCGAUGGUAAGAUAUCGGCCAAGGACGUAAAGGAGAUUGAUAGGAAGAAGCGUGAGGAGGAGAGACAGAAGGAGAUGUUGACAUUUGCCGAGGCCUCAAACGAUGAUGAUCGCAUGGCCACUGUGGCAUCAUCUAGCAAUGCCCAAUCGUCUGGAUUCAACUACCAAGUGUCUGGCAAACCUGGAUCCAUGCCACAGGCUGGCAACGCGCCACCUGGAGGUGGAAAUGAUCAACAAAACAGACAACCACCUCCAUUCGCUGAGCCUACACCUCUGGAGGGAUUCAAGAUGGAUGAGAUGGCUUUGAAGAAUCAUAUACCAAAUCAAACACAAUCAGCUGCUGGAGGUUUCAAGCAGAGGUACAUUAAGCAACGUGCCACCGAAGAUGCAUUUGGUUCA